AAUGGCUGUAGUCGUGUGUCCUGUAUCAGUUAACGAGUGUGGUAGAGAGAGUUUUGCUUUUACAUUUCGUUGAAAAUAUGCUAAAGCAAUUUUUUUUUAUACAGUAUCAGUUUGAAUAACAACAGCCCUUAUGACUUUAGAUCUCUUUUUACAAAGGGUUUAAACGCAAGUUUAUUGCACAAAGAUUCAGUGAAAUAGAGGAUAUGUUUAUUGAGAUUUCAAGUGCUUGUUUACUCAAUGCUAACGAGCAAAGUACGCGUGAGCAUGUGGACUGGACACAGUGACAUUAUUCUUCUUUCUGUGUUAAGUAACUGAUAAAUAAGAUAACAGACUAGAUAAGUAAGCAAACUAUACUAGAAAUAGAAUAUAUUAUAUAGUACUAGUAGUAGUACACCAAGAAUUGGAGUACGACGCGGAAGGUACAGUGUGAAUGAAAGAGAAAACAAAAAUGCUGUAUUUGUGGAUCCUUCAGUUUGGUAGCGUCUGCAUUAUUCCAAAUCCAAGUCGAUCAAACUCAAACUUGUGAAAGUCAAACUAGCUGUCUUUUGUAUCUAAGUAAUUUUAAAUACGGUGUUACUGUUAGGCCUGCAGUGAUAAUGAUAUAUAUUAUGCAGUCCACGUUUUAAUCAAUCUAUUCAGUCAGUGUUAGGAUUUUAAGUUUAACAAUUUAAGUCUUAAGUAUUUUUCUCAGGCAAACAUUGGUGUGCCAAAGAAGAUUUAUUAAUUACUAUGAUAGGUCAAGUCAGAAGUAAUCUUUUUAAAUUAUGUCAAAUUUCAAAGUAAGCUACAUUUGAGACUGUAAAGUGUAACUUGUAAGUACAUAAAUACAUGUAGAGUUCAAGUGAAGCCUUAACUUAAAAUUUUACAUUUACGUUUAAAUUACAAUUUAAUGUAUAAUGAUGUCUGUAAAAGCUAAACUUUCAUCUCAUGAUCGUCAUGACCUGGAAAAGUUCAUGAAAUUUCUAGCAAUUAAAGCAGUUCAAGUAAUAGUGCAGUCAAGAUUAGGAGAACGAAGCAAGACCAAAUCAAAACCUUAUUCCCGUGGAGCAGAAUGGUUUAAUGUAGCCAUCAAAGACUUGCCUGAAGUUCAAACAGAAGCAAAAAAGGUUCUGGCUAAUGGACUUCCCAUGUUUGGUGCAAAUAUGUGUACAGAAAUAUCCUUAAAAACUGUUGAUGGAGAUACAUUAGUAUUAGAAACUUGGAGCAUAGGAAUGACUGAAAAAACUGAUCCAAUGGCAAAAGUCAUUCCUACUGUAUAUAACCGAAUGAGUCUUCUCUUGAAGUCACUUAUUGCUGUAUCACGUGUAACACCAGCUUACAAACUGUCAUCCUGUCAGGGUUCCGAUUCAUAUGUCAUUUGUUAUAAAGUGUAUAUGGGAGAUAUUCAGAACAGUCAACUUGGUGAAGGAUACCAGGAAGCUAGAAUUGGUCAAGUGGGUACACCAGUAGGCACAAUCACCCUUAACAUAGCCUACCGCACUAAAUUAGCCAUUACGCCUCGGCAACCUGCUCGACAAUCUCCAAUUAUGUUGAAGAGUGAUUAUUUUAAACCAGAUCAUAGUCCAAAACACAAGCACAGAGCUCAAGGAAUGAAUGGAAGAGUAGUGGAAUUAAAUCAACUUGAACAACCCCCUACUUUCAAAGAUCAUAUUAAUCAACCACAAAAAAAUGACAAUCCAAAAACCGUUCCUAAAGAGCACUGCAAUGUAGAACAGCCAGAAUCUGUAAAAUAUGACAAAAAUAAAGCUAACAGCAUUAUUUUAAAUGGCACAGAAGUCCCUAAGAGUUCAGGAGGGAGGAUGAAUGAACAUGAUAAACGUACUCAAAAGGAUGAGAUGCUUACUAAUGGGUCUAUUAUGAAGUUUAUAAAAUUUGAAGAGAUGAAGGUGGGAGCUUUUGCUCCUUCAAAAGUUCCAGAAUCUGCUUUCCUAAAUUUUCUGUUGCCAGAUGCUCCAUUCCAGAGCCUUCUAAACCAUGACAAAGAUGCAAACUUAGGGUUUACAAACCAGAGAUGCCAGGAAAAUCAAACAUUUACCUUAGAUAAGAAGCAUGGAGAGAACAAUGUAAAUGAAGAUACAGUAUUAGCUGGUAAAAGCUCAAAAAACUCUAGGACAGAUAAAUCUCUAGACAUGAAUCAGAAUACACUUGAUUUGGCACAUCAGAAGUCUGUUUGGAUGGAAGAUUCUGUUUGUGAUGAUUUUGUUCUUGUUGAUUUGGUGUCUAAUAUUUAUAUGGGUAACUCUACUAUGUUUAACCCUUUCACUGCCGUAUGUGACUUAAGUCGAAUUCCUGACAUAGUUCCAUUUACCGACUUAGAAUUGAGUGAAUUUGGCAAUGACGAUUGGGAAAACAGUGACACAGAUACCGAUAAUGCUGUAAGUAAUGAUAAUACACAUGAUGUUGCACAUUCGUACAGUGAUGAUGAUGAUGGUAGCCAAGGGGGUAUGGCUGUUGCUGAUCAUGAGUGGGUCAUAGAUGAUGAUUAUGACAAUUAUAUCCCAAUUUGGUGCCCAGCUUAUGCCAAAAGGCCUGGCCCUGUGAUUCCACCUUUGCCUGACAGUAACCACCAUGAUAUAUUAGAUCUUAGAAAAGUUAAUUAUGCGGUAGAUUAUGACUAUAAAGUAGAACUAUUACAGAGAAUGCAGUUGCCAUUUGAGUUAGCUAACGAACAUUUAACUAAAACUGCUGAGAGUAGAGAGAAACAAAGUCCAGUUAAUUUUGAGAUCCAAGAAAUCUAUGGAAAAGGUAAACAACUAGUACAUGUCAAUAGGUUGAAGAAAGUAAAAGGUUAUAAACCUUAUCAAUAUGAGUGUGUAACAGAUGAAACUAAGAAACAGGAACAAGAUAAGAGUGUUCUUGAAGAGACUGAUAACUUAGGUGAGUUUGAUUUGUCUUAUGAUGUUGAGGAAGAAAUAUUAGAACCAGAACCAGAAGCACUAGAGUUAGAAGAUGGUGAAAGUGUUGUACUAGGUGAUGAAGUAAUAACAACAGAAAAUACCCCAGUUAGUAGUAGCAACAGUGAAGGUAGUACCGCAGUAACUGAGGCUAAUACCCCUAGUACCCCAAUGAUAACACAAGCUGAUACAGUGACCCAUGAUCCCAUAUAA